AUGACUGAAAAGACCAUUACUCCUGCCGUCGAGGCCCAGCCUCAUGAUGUCGAGGGGCUUGAGAAGCCUGCCGCAGAGGAGCUCCAGCAGGGUGUGCGCAUGGCCGAGGCCGUCACACUUUCAUGGACCAGGACAUCACUCAUCAUUGUCUACGCCUGCAUGUGGAUGACGUACUUUGUGCGCGCUCUCCAGUCCAGUUUGACGAUGAACCUCUCGCCAUAUAUCACGAGUUCAUUCCAGGGCCACUCUUUGCUCACCGUCAUCAGCACGGUGGUGAGCAUCAUGAGCGCUGCAACCACCAUGCCGGUUGCCAAGAUCCUCAACCUGUGGGAUCGUACCGUUGCCUUUAGCUUCAUGCUGACCCUCUCCGUUAUUGGUCUUAUUCUCAAUGCUGCUUGCAACGACAUUGCUACAUACUGCGCUGCUCAAGUAUUUUACAAUGUCGGAUCUGCUGGAUUGAUCUUCUCAGUCGAUGUGCUCACAGCCGAUACCUCCACUCUCCGAAACAGAGGUUUGGCAUUCGCAUUCACUUCCUCUCCAUACAUCAUCACCGCAUUCGCAGGAUCCCCUCUCUCCGAGCGGUUCCACGAGUCUGACUGGAGAUGGGCCUAUGGAACUAUUACUAUUCUCCUGCCGCUCGUGACCCUUCCUAUUAUCCUCACCUGGUCACUUGCAAGGAAGAAGGCGCUUCAGAACCACGUCGUUGAAAAGGAUUCCGUGCAGCGAACACUCCCCGAGGCCAUUAAAUACUACUUGAUCGAAUUUGACGCUGUUGGUAUUUUCCUUCUGAUCGCAGGUUUCUGCCUCCUGCUUCUUCCCAUGACCUUGGCUACCUCGCAGCCCGAGAGCUGGCGCACAGACUACAUCAUUGCCAUGAUUGUCCUUGGCGGCGUAUUAGUCAUUGCCUUUGCGCUCUACGAGAAGUUCCUCUCGCCCAAGCCGUUCAUCCCCUGGCAUCUCUUGGCCAACCGAACCGUCAUGGGUGCAUGCUUGGUCGACCUGAUCUACCAGAUCGGCUAUUACUGCUGGGCCAUGUACUUCACGUCGUACCUGCGAGUCGUCUUUGACGUCUCGAUCACUGAGGCUGGUUACAUCGCCUCCAUCUUCGAUUUUGUCUCCCCCAUCUGCCUUAUCCUGGCGGGUUACCUCAUGCGCGUCACCCAGCGUUUCAGAUGGCUCCUCCUCGUUGCCGUGCCUCUGUACGUUCUCUUUGCCGGGUUGAUGAUCUACUUCCGAACCCCCGGCCGCGGAGUGGGCUUCAUCGUCAUGUGCGAAGUGUUCAUCGGAAUUGCCGGCGGUGUCAUGAUCCUCUGUCAGCAGAUUGCUGUCAUGGCCGCCUCCAAGCACGAGGACUACGCUGCCAUGCUGGCCCUCCUGGGUCUCUUUGGCAACAUUGGUGGAGCCAUCGGAAACAGUGUCUCUGGCGCUGUCUGGACCAACACCCUCCCUCAGAAGCUUGCGGAGUACCUCCCAGUGGACGAUCUUCCCAACCUGGAUGCGAUCUACGAAGACCUUGAAGUGCAGAUGAGCUAUGCUGUUGGUACCCCCACCAGAGAUGCCAUCAUUGCCGCGUACGUGGACGCUCAGAGGAACAUGUUGAUUGCUGGAACAUCCAUCAUGGUUUUGGCUUUGGCCUUUGUGUUUUUGAUUAAGAAUAUCAAGCUGACAGAUACCCGAUCCCUGGGCAUGGUCUUCUAA